AUGGAUCAACAACAAACACAACCACCACAGCAACCACAACAACAAAUACCGCAUCCAGUUGACCCAAAUUUACCAAUUCAAUCUGAUUUACAAAAUGGGAAUAUAUCAUUAUCAUUAGUUAUUCAUAGAUUAGUAGAACAAUCAUAUAACAAUUUAUUAGGAUUAACCGAGAAUUUACCAAAAGCAAAUGAUUUGGAAAGAAAAAAAGCGUUGGUCGAUUAUUUGGAUGGAACUAGGGAAAAGUUUCUCAGACUUUUAGUUUUAAUGAAGUGGUCGGAACAUGUACCAACUCUUACAAAAGCAAAUAAUAUUAUAAAUUUAUUAAAUCAAGAAGAUUCAUAUUUUAGAGAGGCAGCAGAUUCAUUAAUAAACACACAAUAUGGGCUAGUUAAUGCAAGAGCCCCAAUUUAUGAUGUACCAACUGCUAUCGAUGUAUUAACAACAGGAACCUAUCAAAGAAUGCCAACAAGUAUUAAAAAGGUUAUUCCACCACCAAUGUUAAAACCAUCUCAAAUUGAUUCGACUCUCCAACGUUUAGAUGACAUUAUCAAAUAUAAAUUAUUUAUAAGUAGUAUACCAAAAGAGUUUGAACCCAUUCAAGUCGCCAUUAAAAUAGAAAUAUCCAUUAAUAUUUUCCUUAUUUUAUCAGCUGACGGCAAAGCACAUAUAGUUGUUAAAGAUGAAUAUGAUGUAUAUAUUACAAUUGAUGGGGGCUCAGAAAAAUCAAAUUGGUUAAUACUUUCAUUAAAUUUAUUUGUAUAUUCAAAAAGAAACUCCAGUGGUGAGGGACCUAUUCAGGUUGCAUAUGAUGAAAGAAUUAGAAAAGUAAUCGAAAGAGUCCAGAAUCGUAUAUCAUCAUCACCAAAUCCACUAUAUGAGUUACACAAUAUUAUUCACUACCUUUGUAUAUCAUCACAAAUGGACAUUUUAGCAUCACAGGUUGAAAACUUAAAAAAAACAAUUUUAAAGAACAAUAUAAGAUGUGUUUUUGGCAAAGAUCAAUCAAUUACAGUGUUUUAUUGGCUACCUGAAGAUAUAAAUUUAAUUGGAGUUACUCAAACCACUCUUGGAAAUUUAAAUCCAUCAAAGAAUACAAAUUUCAAAAUCUUUAUUGAUGAUAGUCAAAAAAUUAAAAUUUCGCACUUUCCACCUGUUGUACAUCCAAAGAAUGAUAACUACUUUAAUAUUUCAAAUUUAAAUAUUGAAACUAUUUUAUUACAGGCUAUUGAACUAAAUGCAUAUCACAAAGUGUUCCACUUAUAUGGUAAACUAUUAGAUAGUAAACUUAGUGAUGGUUUAAAUACAAAUCAAAAUGCAUCAACAAGACCAACAAAUCUAUUAAUGGCAACAAAACAACAACAAAAUAAUAGUAUUCUAAAUAGAUCCUUCCAUUUAAAUGACGUAAAGUUAAUUAUGAGUUCAAGAUUUUCAGAUGAAAACCAAUCAAUUUCAAACCAUAAUGAUCACCUUCCUACUGUUUUAAGGGUUAUGCUAUAUGGCUCCAAAUUUUUAGAUGUCUCUGUUAAUUUUACCAAUGGAAAAUUCUCUCUCAUUAAAUCUUCAAAUUAUAUAGAACUUACAAGUCAUUUAGAACAAAAAUUAAAUAAUAAUCCAAAUGAAAUUAAAUCAAUUGUUAAUAUAUUUAAACUAAAGUCACUUUUAACAUGUUUUGAAGAAGCAUCGCUAUUUUUAGGUUUGGAAUGUUUUUAUAAAAUACCACUUCAGCUAACCAAUAAUAACAAUAGUAAUAAUAACCAAAUUGCAAAUGAAUUGUUUUCAGAAUCAAAUUUUAUUUGUAUUAGUUUACCAAAAGAAACAGAUCCAAUUAUUAUAGUUAUUUCAAUUAAAGCAAACUGUUUCACACCAUCAUUCCAUUUAUUAUUUUGUAAACUUUUGCAAAAAUCAACCAUUAUGACAUUAGAAUCAAUUAUAAAAUUAGAGAACGAAUCAUUAUCCAACCUUUUAAAAGAUUGCCCAAUUGGUGGUAACUCUAAUAAUAGACAACCUUUUCAAACCUAUGUAUCAAAAUUAUUAGAAAAAAUCAUUGAAGCCUCAAAUCAAAAAAUCAACCUAUUAUCAAUCCAAUCCUAUUUAAAGAAGGAGAAUAUAAACUUUAUUCAGCCUCCAUCUAUUUCAACAACCUCAUCUACCUCACCAUUGUUCAUAUCAAACCCACAGCAACUACUAUCAUCACCCUCUACAUCAUCACCUUCAUCUGCAAACUCCACUCCAACACUACUUUCAUCAAACCCCGCACUACUUUUUUCAUCCAAUCAACUAUCAACAUCAUUAUUCUCAUCACCCUCAGAUGAUAAUAGUAUCGUUUUCUUUUUUGAUGAGAAACAAAUUGAAAAAGUAUCACCAUUCUUAAAAAAUCACAUCACACCACAAACUCCAAUUACAGUUGUAUUCAAUAAAGAAGACUAUUUCGUAUCAUUCACUCAGCAAAGACCAUUCCAAUAUAAAAGAUACAACAAUGACAUAUUAAAACUAUCUGAACAAGAAAUCGAAUAUGAAAAUCAUUUAAUUUCAAAUGGCCCAAACUAUUCAUACAAUAAUGGUAAUUGGGUAUUCAAGUAUCCAAAAACUAGCGACUGGCUAAAUCAUUUUCAUAGUGAUCUCUUGGCAAUUUCAAAGAUUUCAAAUAUUUCAUCACAACUUUUAAAACAAAUUGAAACCUUAGAGAACUAUAAACAAUUGAUAACUUUGGUAUCAGUGAAACCAAUGGAAAUCGAGUUUAUAUGCUCAAUUGAAUCCCCAAAGACAUGUACCAAUAUUAGAUUCUUUAUUGACAAAACAUCGAAUGAUAUUCAAAUUGGCUUCAAUCCAUACACCAAUCCUUUGGUAAACUAUUUCGCUAAAGAUAUUAAUCAAUCACCAAAUAAUGAUAUCACAAAUGCACUAAGGGCAAUUAUAAACUCAAAUGAUAUCUCUAUCUAUAUCAAUGGUCUAAUAUCUCCAUUAGAAAUAACACUAUUCCUUCCAUUGGAGAUUCUUGUAAUUCCACGUUCACUCUAUCAAAUUCGUUUGCUUUAUAAAAAUCUCUAUGGUAUCGACAUCAAACUCAUCUCUCAUGAAUACUGCGCAAUUGGUGAUAGCUUUUACUCUUUAAAUGCCUCUAAACAAGUUAGACUCACAAGUAUUAACCAACUACAUUCAUUCAUGGAACAAAGAAUCUCAUUACAAGCAUUAGAUAACCCAUUAGGGCAUCGUACAUUUUGGUUGUUACCUAUAAAACAAUUUUUAAAGACUGUAAAUAGAAUAUUUAUUUACCUUCAUUCUCUAAAUACUUUUAAAAAUACACAAGGUUUAAUGAAAAAUUAUUUUAUAUUACAAAGUCAAGUCAAUGCCCAUAUAAACAAAUUUUCAAACGAAUACUAUCUUGUAAAUAUUUCAAUUAGGGAUUUUACCCAUUUCGAAUUUGACAUGAGAUGCAUAAAAGAUGAUAUAUUAAAACCAGAAGAGAUUGAUACAUUCCGUAGAUAUUUUAAGAAAAAGAUAUUAAGCCUAAGCUAUAGAAAUCAAGCACUAUCAUCAUGUAUACAAAUGUUAACUUUACCACCAUUUAUAUUAUCAGAGAUAAUCAGAUUACUUUUAGAGAUUACAGGACCUAAAUUUGAUGGAUUUACAAUCGAACUAUGCCUAAAUACCUCGAAUGUAAACAACCAAAAAAGCAAAGAAUCAUUCUUCCACAACUCUGACGAAAAACAAAUUUAUCUUAUUUUGCGUUAUCUUACAUCAAUUAGAAAUGAAAAUGCCUCAGUACCACCUCAAGACCAAUUUUUAGAUAUACCUAUAAUUUAUAAUUACUCAAGCGAUAAAAAGUCAUUUCAAUAUUGGAAUAAGGGUAUAACCGAUUUAAAUCUUACUAAAAAACUAGCAUCUCCAUUUGAUGAUUUGAAAAAGAAAUAUGUUGAAGAAGUUGGGAAAACUGUUAUAGACCAAAUUACAACCAUAUUGGUUCAAAAUCCAAACUCAAAACCAAAUCCAUUAUCCUUAUUCUUCAAAGCUUUUCUUGAAAAAGUUAAAUUAAUGUUAUCAAACCAAAACAAUAUUAUUGCCACCUCCCCUCAAUAA